UGUGACGUGGCCUCGGUAAUGGCGUGGUCUGGAUGGCAGUGCAUUCCUUAUUGAAGUUUCCAGUUUCGUUUCUCCGGAUCCCCGUCUGCUGUCACAUCCACCUCCAGUCCGCAGCCAUGAAACACAACUCUAUACCGGACCGGUGGACAGAAUACAUUCCAGUUGGAAAGCGCAUCCCAGGAACGCGUUUUAUUGCUUUUAAAGUCCCUCUGAAGAACAUGUAUGAUAACAAGCUCUCACCGUGGCAGCGAUUUUCACCUUCAGAUCUCGUUAAGGAAGUCGCCAAGCAGAACGAAGAACUUGGAUUGGUGGUCGAUUUAACCUGCACCAAGCGCUACUAUUCCCCAUCGGAGUUGCCUAAAACAAUUAAGUAUUCCAAGAUCUUCACAGUUGGACAGCAAGUGCCUAGUGAUGACGUCAUUGCUCAGUUUAAACGCAUCGUCAAGCAAUAUCUAACGCAGAACUCUGAUAACGAUAAACUUGUUGGUGUGCAUUGUACUCAUGGACUGAACAGGACUGGAUAUUUAGUUUGCAGGUAUUUGAUUGAUAUGCUAAGCAUGGAGCCUUCUGAAGCCAUAGAAAAAUUCAACAACAGCCGUGGACACAUCAUGGAGCGGAGCAAUUAUCUAGACGACCUUUUACAUGGCAAAUCUCAAAGCAGUGCUGAAUUAGAUAAACCUCACGUCAACAAGCGCCACUCCUCAAACGGAAAUUUACAACGAUAUCCGUGUCCACGGGAUCAACCCAGGAAUCACAGCUACGAUAAUGGUACUCAAAGACCAUUUGCACAGCCAUCGUUUCAUCAUAAUCCACGUCAAGUGAUGGGACCACAGCAUGGGUUUCCACAUGCUGGUGGGAGACAUCCUAGUCAGGGCCCUCGGAUACCUUCACCUGGUUUUGUGCCUCCACAUAUGUCAGGUCCCAGGCACAAUUUACAUCAAAUGGAAGAUUACUCAUUCAACCAAUUUAGAGGUCCUAAUAGACGCAGACACUAUCCACAGAGACCCUUCCCGGAACACACCGAUUAUGGUGCAGUGAAUGGCCCACCACCUCAGGACCGUAGACCACGCUUUCCUCAGCAAGGUGACAGCAAGCCUGGGAAUGGUUUUCCAGCACAGUCUCCUCAUUCACAACAGCGUGGCAACAGUAAACCGUACCGGAGGUAUCCAGGACCCGGCCGCCAAGAGAAACCCAAGAAACAGUGGCAGUAACAAGUGAUACGAUUAUUUCACUUUAAAAAAAAUUCUUGCUAAGAUGUUUUAGGAUUACCAAAGGCCGGAUAUAAAAUAUUGCUGCUAAUCUGUCUGCUUUGUACAUCAAGGGUAGGGUACUUGGAGGGGUAGCCUUGCCCAUGCCAUCUAACCUAAUCAUGUAUAGAAAGGAUUAUCACACUGACUGCUGCAGGCGGGCUGGGGACCUCCCUUAUGUCUAUCCAGUGAGUCCUAUAUGUGCAGGGUUUUAUUUUUCAGGAAUGUAAGUGUACUGUUGUCUUUAUGUAUACAUCAUGUACACAAGCAUGCAGGUAGAUCAUCGCGUUCACAAGACGAACUUAUUUGCAAACUUACUUGACUGAAAGGAGAUGAAAUCUGCAAAAUCAGUGACUAGGCCUUUGUCAUGAAACUGCUGUGUGCCCUUACAGAAGAGGUUCUCCUGCUUAGUUUAAUGUGAUAGAGAGAGGUCCUGUCGUCUGAAGUAGCCAUGACUCUUUCCCAGGUCCGGCCAGUGAUUAAUAUGAUGCUGCACAAUUUUUCCUCGUGAGUGACGCACCUCUGAAAUCAGCUUGUCUGUCACUACGUUAUGCUGCUCUCAAAAAAAACAUGAGGAUAACGUCGCUGACGGGUUCCCUUUUAAAUGGGGUUGUCGAGCCUUGUGGACAUUAACUGUCCCCUGCAGAGUGUUGUACCUACUGAAAAAAUAAUCAUACUCGCCCACUCCCCACCACUUCAGCGAUCAUCCGGUCCCUGGCUUGUAAGUACCUGGACGGCUAGACACAGCGGUAAUGUGUGUCCUAGUGGCCCAUGGCCCAGCAUUGAUGUGCUGCUUGGGCACAUGUCUCAGCUGAGACCAGUCAUUGGCCACAGCAGCGCUCGUCACUGUCCGAAGGAUUACAGGGCCAGGGACCAGAAGAUCCCUCAAGGGAGAUGGGGAGUACGAGUUUUUCAAUAGGUACAGCAUCCUGCUGGGGACAGUUAAACAUGUCCAAGUAUGGAUGACCCCUUUUAAAGGGAUCCUUUCACCUACGCUAUGGUGCCCUCACUGAGGACUGCAUAGUGUAGUGACAGACCCACUGAUUUCCCUGGUCUGGCAGUCAGUACGGUUAUACUACAGGCGUGCCAGACUUUGCAGUGUGCACCAAUGAGACUCAUGGCCCUGACCUCGUCCGCCUCCUAACCAUCCCUGGUUUCCAUAUUAUGCAUAGGAAAGAAACCUGCCAGUGAUGGUCAGGAGGCAGGGAAGGACAAGGCCAUGAGUCUCAUCAGACUCCUCUCCCUCACAGCGCUGGUGCACGCCUGUAUUAUAACAGUACUGACUGACCAGUGAAAUCGGUGGGUCUGUCACUACACCAUGCGGUCGUUAGCGAGGACAGCAUAGUACAGGCAACAGGUUUCCUUUAAGGUUAAACGCCUGAGCAAUCUGAAACAGUUUCACUACUUAGGGAUGUGCAUUUUUGGGACCGGUUGCUAGGAUGUUUCCCUUCAACCUGUAUGUCAGACUCACCUGGCGCUGUGCAGGAGGAGGCAAGCAGCUUGGAAGUCAUUCCAAGUCUCAGGCGGUGGGACUGAUCUACGCCGUGUCAUUGUCUGUUAGGUCCUCAUUUAUGGAAACUGUCUAAUAGAGAUAAUGGCCUUGUUGUCCAUAGCAACCAGAAAUAAAAGUGGAGCUCUCAUUGGUUGCUAUGGGCGGCGAGGACAGUUUUUCUGUUAGGCCUCUUUGAUAAAUGAGAGGAAUCAAAACUGGUGCAGAGGAAAAGUAGAGUAGUUGCCCACGGCAACCAAUCUGUUUCCACGACACAUUUUUCAGAGGCCCUUUGGAGAAUGAAGGCAGGGGCUGCUUUGGCUUUGCAUCAGUUUUGAUCACCUUUUCCUGUAGAAAAUGGUCCCAUUAUGUCAUGUAUUUUUGCAUAGGUGCCCUUUCCAGAUACGUGUGCCAGUGAUGGGAAGCACUUCAGUGCUGGUCAGAUCUCACCCUGUUGAGUAUUGCUGAUGAAAUGGCAGCUUCCAGGGUUAAUGGGCACGAAGCACAGGUUCCAGCCCCUCCGCCUGUAUUACACAUGUACUGUAAUGGCGUAUGUGCCAGUCUGUGUGCUGCGGACACAGGAGGUUACUUUUAUGUUUUUAUGCGGGGGGCUGAUUUGUGUUCACCUCUUAUAAAGUUUUAUGUGAUUGCAGCAGUUUUAUUUGUGAGCGUUCUUUUCUAUGUACAGUGAGAGACGUGCCUUUACACGCUGAAAAGAGUGAGAUGGCGGUGUGUUAAAAUGCGUGAGCGCUGUGUGAUAUGAUCAAUGGUAAAGCUGCUUUUUAGGAAUAAACGAACCACAAUGGCAAACGCGCAUCAGCUGGAUGGGGAAUGUCCCGGUAACCUGGAUGCAUGUCUGUCCGAAUCUCUGCGGGCCUCAGACACUCACCGUGUAUGGUAUACCAGUCAGGUAUGUUGUAAAUGGCUCAUCGCUGGGCCCCCUUCAAAUCCUGAUAAAGGGGUUGCUGUGGCCACCGUGUCCGCUUAGAGGUCACUCAUAAGGAAUUGGAAAUGGGGGAGACAGUGGGACGAGCUUGUUCAGCCAUUUUCAAGUCUGCCAUUCACACCUAAAAUUAAAGGGCAUCUGUCAGCAGACUUGUACCUAUGACACUGGCUGACCUGUUACAUGUGCGCUUGGCAGCUGAAGGCAUCUGUGUUGGUCU